AUGGAAAAAAUAGCGCCACUUGGGAAUCUUAAGCAAUUGGAGUCGGGCUUAGAUCGUGCGGUAUACGCUGAAAGUCACCCUGAAAAUAAAAGUGAAAGAUGGCAACCGGAGGAGUUCACUCAUAAUCACCUUAAAGAAGUUGAAAUAGGUGGAUGUAAAGGUACGUACUAUAAGGGAGGUCGGAGAUGGAAUGAUGCUCAUGCUGAAACUAGGCGUCUCAGUGUACCCUGUCUUUGGCUAUGGAGCUGCUCAAACGGAGGCCGGGAAAUAUUUAUUAAAAGGGAGGAAGUGAGAAAAUCCACCUCCAACCAUACUCCUUAUCCAACUCCUAAAAUAUGGAGACCUCUAGGAGCUCCUAAAUCUGAGGAGAGAGAAAUGACUUCUAGUGGCUCCCUAUAA